AUGUCAAGACCUUCCACAUUUAGGGGGUCUACCUCGGCGAGGUUUGUGAAGAAUACCAAACAGCCGAAGAAAAUCACCCAGGGGUACAAGCUAUCAAAAGAUCAGCUUGUGCCUGAGAAAGCUAAUCCUUUGCUAAAUGACGCCAUUCAAAAAAGAGAGAUUGUUGAACAAAUCGACAAUAUGGACAAACUCAUGGGUUUCGAGCGGUUCGAGCACGGUGACCACGAUGGUGCCAAACCCAGGAAGGGCUGGCUCAUAAACAUGCAUGCAACCAUAGUUCCAACAGAAGACUACUUGGCCGGAUACUCAGGUGUUGAUUAUUACUUCCUAGAUGCCGAAGGUGGUUCAUUUAAAGCCACCAUUCAGUAUGACCCAUAUUUUUUCUUAUUGGUCGUGCCUGGAAAAGAGGCCGUGGUUGAAGAAGCUUUGAAGAAAUUGUUGGAACAGUUCAACAUGAAUUCUGUCAGCAGAGAACUCAAAGAGGACCUUAAGCUACCCAACCAUUUGGUUGGCCUACAACGCUCUGUGCUCAGACUCGUGUUUCACAACACAAGCGACUUACAUGGUGCACGAAGAACUCUUACUCCAUUCAUCAAAGAAAACCAGAGAACAGGCGAACGCAGAGACGUGUUCCAAACGCUCAAUUUUUAUAAUUCGGACAACAUUGACCUGAGGGGCUAUCAAACAAAAAAAGAAAUAAGCAGAAGUGAAAGCGUCGCUGAUCCAAUGUCGUACAUUGAUGACAUUCGUGAGUACGACGUUCCAUACCAUGUGCGUGUUUCCAUAGAUAAAGCCAUCCGUUGUGGUAAAUGGUACAAUGUCUUUGCUAAACAUGGCAUCGUUAAUCUUGAAGAAGACAAGGAGCGCAUUGCAUUUGCGGAUCCCGUUGUUAUGGCUUUCGAUAUCGAGACAACAAAAGCUCCCUUGAAGUUUCCAGAUUCAAAAGUCGAUCAGAUCAUGAUGAUAUCGUAUAUGAUAGAUGGCGAAGGUUUCUUAAUCACAAACCGUGAAAUUAUAUCUCAAAACAUCGAGGAUUUUGAGUACACCCCAAAACCAGAAUACCCAGGUGAGUUCACAAUUUUUAAUGAGCCUGAUGAGAAGCAUGUACUUCUACGUUUUUAUGAACAUAUACGUGAUUCUCGCCCCACUGUCAUUGCCACAUACAACGGUGACUUUUUCGACUGGCCAUUUGUGGAAAGCAGAUCAAACUUUCAUGGCCUCAACAUGUUUGACGAAAUCGGCUUUGCUAAGGAUAAUGAUGACGAGUAUAAGUCAAAAUACUGUGUCCACAUGGACUGCUAUCGCUGGGUGAAGCGUGAUUCAUAUUUGCCACAAGGGUCUCAAGGUUUGAAAGCAGUCACCACUGCAAAAUUGGGAUACAAUCCAACGGAAUUGGACCCUGAAUUAAUGACACCAUACGCUCGCGACAAACCACAACUUCUUUCGGAGUACUCUGUUUCCGAUGCCGUGGCCACCUAUUACCUCUACUUCAAAUACGUUCAUCCGUUCACCUUCUCCUUGAGUACUAUAAUUCCUUUGAACCCUGAUGAGGUUUUGAGGAAGGGUACGGGCACUCUUUGUGAAAUGCUUUUGAUGGUGCAGGCAUACGAGAAGAACAUUCUACUUCCAAACAAAUACACAGAUCCUAUUGAGAGAUUUUAUGAGGGUCACCUUCUCGAGUCGGAGACCUACGUUGGCGGCCAUGUGGAAUCUCUUGAAGCAGGUGUGUUCAGAAGUGAUAUUGCCACAGAUUUCAGGAUCGAGCCGACUGCCAUUGAUGAGCUACUAAGUGAUUUGCACAACUCGAUGAAGUUCUUUGUUGAAGUUGAGAAUGGCAAGUCCUUAGAUGACAUUGAGAACUUUGAUGAGGUUUACACCCAUAUCAAAAGUCAACUUGAGGACUUGAAAAAUAAUCCCGUUAGAAAAGAAAAUCCUCUUAUUUAUCAUGUUGAUGUUGCAUCCAUGUACCCGAACAUUAUGACCUCGAAUAGAUUGCAGCCGGACUCCAUCAAAACUGAGGAAGAUUGUGCAGCUUGCGACUUUAACAGACCAGGCAAGACAUGCGAUAGAAGACUACCUUGGGCAUGGAGAGGGGAGUUCUUUCCUGCGGAGCUAAAUGAAUAUGGAAUGAUUAAACGUGCUCUACAAAAUGAACUGUUUCCUCCAGCGAAACCUUGGCUCCCAAAUAGGACCUUUGAUGAACUUCCAUACUCCGAACAAGCGUCCUUAAUCAAGAAGAGAUUGAGUGACUAUUCCAGAAAAGUUUACAAUAGAAUCAAGCAAACGAAAACAGUCACAAGAGAAGCUAUCGUAUGUCAGCGUGAGAAUCCUUUUUACGUAAACACUGUCCGCGAUUUCAGAGAUCGUCGUUAUGAAUUCAAGACCCUUGCUAAGGUCUGGAAAGGCAAAACAAGUCAGUGCAAGGACACAAUUUCAAAGGACGAAGCAAAAAAAAUGGUGGUACUCUAUGACUCUCUUCAGCUUGCUCACAAAGUUAUUCUCAAUUCUUUCUACGGGUACGUUAUGAGAAAAGGUUCAAGGUGGUACUCGAUGGAGAUGGCCGGUAUCACAUGUCUUACUGGAGCUACUAUUAUUCAGAUGGCGAGGUCUUUGGUCGAAAGAAUUGGGAGGCCCUUGGAAUUGGACACAGAUGGUAUUUGGUGUAUUUUGCCCAAAUCUUUCCCUGAGAAUUUCAAUUUAAAAUGCAAGGAUGGAAAAAAACUAUUCCUCGAAUAUCCUUGCUCCAUGUUGAACUACUUGGUUCAUCAGCGCUUUACAAAUCACCAGUAUCAAGAGUUAGUCGAUAAGAACACUUUCAAAUAUGCGACAAGAUCAGAAAACUCGAUUUUUUUCGAAGUGGACGGCCCCUACAAAGCUAUGGUUCUCCCUACCUCCAAGGAAGAAGGAAAAGGUUUAAAGAAGAGGUACGCCGUCUUCAAUAAAGACGGCUCACUUGCAGAAUUGAAGGGGUUCGAGUUGAAACGAAGGGGAGAGCUUCAACUUAUCAAGAACUUUCAAUCUGAUAUAUUUAAACUAUUCUUGGAGGGCACCAAUCUUGAAAGUUGCUACGAGGCGGUUGCGACAGUCGCCAACAAUUGGUUGGAUGUACUAGAUACGAAAGGUGGAAUGCUCGAGGAGGAAGAUUUGAUAGAGCUUAUUUGCGAAAAUCGAAGUAUGAGCAAAGCAGUAUCCGAAUACGAGGGACAAAAGUCAACUUCGAUCACAACAGCUCGACGUUUAGGUGAGUUCUUGGGUUCUGAGAUGGUUAAGGAUGCCGGCCUCGCUUGUAAGUAUAUCAUCAGCGCGAAGCCAUAUGGUAGCCCCGUCACGGAAAGGGCUAUCCCUGUGUCAAUAUUUUCCUACGAAAAAAAGGAAGAAUUCCUAAAGAAAUGGUUGAAUGAUAAAGAACUCAAGGAUUGUGACCCAAGAUCCAUCAUAGAUUGGGACUAUUACAAAGAGAGACUUGCCUCUGUUGUACAGAAAAUCAUCACGAUUCCGGCAGCUUUGCAAGGUAUUGAAAAUCCAGUUCCAAGAAUCCCACAUCCGGACUGGUUGCAAAAGCGCCUCAACAUUUUGAAUGAUAAAAAGAAACAAAGUAAUAUUGCUAAUUUCUUCGGCGUACUGGACCUCAAAAAGCAGAAAGAGAAAGCGAUUAAAGAUUUGGAGGACUUUGGAGAGAUAGAUGAGUGUGAUGUUCGAUCCAAAGUUGGCAAGGUGGCCAUCAGAAAAAGAAAGCAUGCUCGUGCGAUUCAAAUGCAGCAAGCAGAGGAAGAAGAGCGUAACAAUUCUAUAUUAAACGGACCAUGUCCAUCAAUGACUGAAGAUUACGUUGGUUUUUUGAGGUACCAAAAAGCCAAAUGGGCCGUGCAAAUAAAGAAUAGAGAGCGCCGGAAAAAGCUUUUUGGAGAAAGUUCUGAUUCAUCUCACCGUGCGUCAGUUGGUAACAUGAUCAGACGGAGGGCUGAGAACUUAGCAGGAUCUGAUUGGGAGAUCCUCGAAUAUAAGCCAGAUCCUGCCAAUCCAGGUGCUCUAAGAGUUUACGUCGUGGCUGGCGGAAAAGUACAGUCUUUUAUGUUCCAUAUUCCCAAAAGACUUUACGUCUCAUUCAAGACUGCUCUUCCAGACAAACUCACUGUUCCUCACGUUAACAUUGAAAAGUCUAAUGCAAUUGCGCCGAACGGUCAUGAUACUAAGAACCUUUACAAGCUCACAAUGUCUGAAACCACCUACAACGAUGAGAUGAGCAAAGUCGACAGUUUGCUUCAUGAUACAAAAGUGUUGGGCAUUUAUGAAUCUGAAAUAGACUCGAUGGAUAGAGCCAUUAUUGAAAUGGGAAACACCGUACGUUUCGAUGAUACCAAGGUUGGCGCCUUAGGUAAAUGUUUGAAAAAUGGUUUCAGCUCAAAAGAUUUGAUAAAUGUCGAGAAGGACAAUUACUUGAAGAGGUUUAACAUAGAAAUUGUCUACUUGUUGCAUAUCAUGACCAACAGCUACGAAUUCUUCGCUGUUUUCAACUCAUGGGACGAGAAUGUUACUAUUCUGAUAUUGAAGCCAUCAAGUGGAGCUCAAGAGUUGAGUGUGAAUCUCGAAAAAAUAUACAAGGAGGUUUAUCAGGUGAAGAGGGACAAAGUCUCCAAGCUUUACAACAUUCUCGACUAUAAGCCUGAAAUGAAGUUCGAGACGAGUUACUUCAAUACGCUGUCUUCGCUUUACAAAAGGCUCAAUAAGACAUUGCGGGGGUUUCAAGAAAGCAGGAGCAAUAAAGCUUUGCUCACAAUCCAAUCUCCAUACUGUGAGAAGGUCCUCGAAUUGCUAGAUCUGGGCAUUGACUUCCCAACAGUCAAGAUGCAAGUUAGUGAGGUCUCUCUUCCCGCUCUUAGUUGGCAGUCUUUGAUAGCCAAGAGAAUAAUGAAUCAGUUUCUCCUGGUAGCGUCGUGGCUCAAAAAUAUGAUCGCAUUAGCUACUUACGGGAAAGUGCCUCUUUGCAAUUUGCAAGUUGAAAAGAUGGGUUACUUGAUCGAUAUUGAAUUUGCUAGGCGCCUCAAUGAAAAUAAUAUUAUUCUAUGGUGGUCGAAAAAUCCUUACCCAGACCAUGGUGGAUUCGAAAACGACAAAGUGGGGGAUAUUACAAAUUAUGACUUUGUUCCCAUCAACAAUCCAGAGAUUUACGAGACCGCAUCCUUGGAAAUCGAAAUUGGCACAUUGACUAUUAAUUCUAUAUUGACAAGCUCUUUAAUUAACGAAGCUGAGGGUACUGACCUCUACGACGUCUCACUUAUUGGACCUGAGUACAAUGGAUCUACCAUGGCGCAGGAUGCAUUUUGUCCUGCUGCUUUGAACAUCCUCAAAUCCAUGGUCAAGGGCUGGUGGGAUGAUGCUGUGGGAAGCAAUGUCAAUGCAGAUGCUAUGAUGAGUAUCUUAGUAUCUUGGGUGCAUCUGUCAGAUUCUAAACUCUACGAUUUCAGCUUGCACAAUCACAUAAACAACCUUACUUCAAAAGCAUUAUUACAGCUUGUGGGUGAGCUUAAACGUAUGAACGUAAACGUGGUUUUUGCAUCUCGCUAUAAGAUAAUUGUCCAGACAACAAAAAUAUCCGUUGAAAAUUCAUAUGCUUUUGGUCAAUACUUGGUGAAUGCUACGAGAUCCAAACCGUUGUUCAACUUCCUCGAUCUAAGAAUUGCUCGAUACUGGGACGUCUUGAUUUGGUUGGAUGAGUAUAACUAUGCUGGUCGUUGUUGUACAAGGAUCACGAACGACGAAGUCCAGACUUUGCAUCCGAAAAGUAAAUGGCAUAUUAAGAAAUUUUUACCGGUCAUCUUUCAGAAUGAUUUUGAGGAUUGGGUGUUUAUCUUUUUGGACGCAAUCGUUAAGCAUAAAAGCGAGAACUUGCUAGGAGGAACCCAGAAGGGAACGCAACGAAUCACUCAAUUGGCUCACGUUCUCCGGGGACAAUACCAGCAAGAUACGGCAUCUGAAGAAUUUGAAGAAGAUGAGAAUAGCUUCACUUCCAGUGAGGUUAUGGAGGCAUUGAGAAAACCACUCCUAAGAAGAAUCGAGAAGCUCUAUCGUCGUCAAAAUGAAUCAAUCCUCAACCCUGAUAUGAAGAAGGACUACGAAUUUCCGACGCAUCCAGGAUCACAUCUUGAAAUGAAAAAUCCAGUCCUUGAGUUGGUUAAGUUCUUAUGUGCCGUGUUUGCAUUGUCCAAUAAGCGGAACACGGAGGUACGAAUGCUUAGGAAGGACCUCCUUUCUGCAAUUGAAGUGAAAGAAUUUUGCCCCGAAAGUCUUUUCGUAAAUCCAAGUGCAUCAAUGAAGAUCUCAACCAUUAUUUGUGACUACUGCAAUUAUUCGAGUGAUAUUGACUUCUGCAGAGAUGAAGAGAAGGACAUUUGGACAUGUCCAAACUGUCGCAAAUUUUACAACAAGGUAUUUUUGGAAGAGGAGUUAAUCAAGCAGCUUAACAUAUUGCUCUUCAAAUACAUGACGCAAGACUACGAAUGCAAUAAGUGCCAUUCUAUCAGGAGUGACAACAUGAGUGAGUACUGCAAGUGCUCUGGCAGAUGGACCGAGACCGUCAAGUUUGCACAGAUCAAAAAUCGUCUCAAAGUUUUCAGCAAUGUGUCUGCUCAUUUUGGUUUCAAGAUGCUACGGUCGUUGACUGAAGAAAUUGCAUAA